GGGAAAUCUGCUAUUCAUAGAAUCAUCACCCUGAGAUAAACGACACUCACUGAUAACAUAAAGUUGAGCUUUUGGCGAAGAAAUAGUAGUCAUAUUAUGGCGGAUAAGUCGAAGAAAACCAUUUGUCUUUUCAAUUGCGAUAACACCUAUAAGCUAGAUGUGGUUGAGGCGUUCCUGAUGGAAAUGAAUAAGAAACAUGGCUUCAACUUCGCGAUUGGGAAGCACAACUUUGAAUUGCAACAAUUGGCUGAUUAUUGUAAGACCAAAAUUCCUCAAAUUCAGAUGGAUUGUGCAAUUUUUGUCGUACAGGCACACGAGUCGCGUCUCUCGAUCAACGAAGAUAAUGCGGGGAUUGGCUACGCGAAGAUCUACAGAGCUUUGUUAGAUGCCACAGACAACAAGGUGUUGAUCGUCAUCGGUGGCGAUGAUGAAUACAAACAAGAUGAAGACGAGGAAAGACAGGUUGUUAUCUCACGCUGGGCACGAAGGAAAGUGGAGUCACAGUUUGAUGAAGAGUAUCUCGAUGGAAGAAAGAGCUUCAUUUUUUCUUGGAAUAAGACUCAUAGAAAAAUCCACGAAGAGGCGCUAUUGCAUUACUUUGAUCCAAGCAAAAAUGGGGAAAAGUUCCAAUACCAACCAAAACUGAAACAAAAACAAGAACCAACAACUCACUACGACGAGGCACCGCUUGGAGAUAGCAAGGAAACACCUUUUCCAAGAGGAAAUGCAAGGCAGGAAAAACCCUCCGUUGAGCCGAAAUUUGUAGGCGAGAAACAUCAUUAUGAAGGAAAUGAAGCAAGUGAAAGGACAGGAAUGAACGAAACUAGUGAGUUAAGACGUUCCCAAAAUCAACCUUAUUAUGGAGUUGUUAUUGACCUGUCUUUGUUUAUCAAAGCUGCAGCCGUGAGAAGCGAUCCUCAUUACCCAGAGGGCAUUGUACUCCUGGAGACACGUUUGGUUCAUGGCGAGAUUUCAUACAAAAAGUGGCACAUUAGAAAACGACAGGGUGCAUGGGAGCCUUCUAACUCACAAGUUUCGAAUGUAAAAUCAGACAAGUCAGAAGGAAGUUUUUCAGUGCAGUUUAAGAGUAAAGGGAACGGUGGGGUUAGCUACGUUUUUAUCCCCACACCUUGGUGGCGCAGAUGUUUUGAUUGCUUUAGGAUGUGUUGUUGUUUUUGUAGUUGUUGUCAUUAAAAUCAGUAAGGACUUUGCGGCAAGAAAGGGUGUCCUCUCUUGACUUUCAAUUUUCAGAUCUUUACCACACUGUCAAAUCAAGGAAUCUGCUUGUUUUCGCCACCUGCUGUCGCUUAAUAGCAAAACUUUGCAAGAGCUAAUUCAGAUUCCCUAUACAUCAGUCCCCGAAAAAAUUGGACGU